UUCUUUUUUGCAGAUGCCAGAUCUCGAGCGCUCACGGACCAAAAAGCCCCUCACACUGUUCCAGUGCACGCUUCUGGCUUUCCGGUUUGUGAUGUCAGAUACAGACCAUGAUGAGUUUGUCCUCAGGAAAUUCAACAUCACUUUAGAAGGAUUUCAGAGAUUCUCUCCAGCCAUCACGCGCUUCAGAAAGGCUAUGCUCAAAGGAAGCGGCUUUACAGAGAAACACUGUGAUAUCCUGGUGCCUUUACUGACCUCACCAAACUCUCACCUGACUCAUCUUGAUCUGAGCCACAAUAGUCUGGGACUGUCUGCACUGAAGCAACUUUCUAGGGCCUUUUGUGAUCCCAAAUGCCAGAUUCAAAUGCUGAACCUCAGCCACAACGACCUCCAUAGUCAGGACAUGGAGUUCAUCAAGGACGUGCUUUCAGGAUCAAAUGUGAAUCUGAAAAUCCUGGACCUCAGUGACAAUCAUCUAGAAGACGAAGGAGUAAAAAUCCUCUCGGCUGGGCUGCGGAGUGCUAAGUGUCAUCUUGAAGUUCUGAAACUCUCAGGCUGUCAGAUUCAAGAAGGAGUUUUGAAGUUGCUGUCGUCUUUGAAAGCCAGUCUGAGAGAACUGGACCUGCAGUAUAAUGACCUUGGAAACAUCAUGGAAAAGAAAGUUCGUCGACUGAAGGAUAAGCUGCCUUCACUGAGAAUUUACACUGGAGGAGUCUGCAAUCACCAACCAGGACUGUACAAAUAUGCUGUCACACUCACCUUUGACCCUCAGACGGCUAACGAAUACCUCUAUCUGAGCGAGAACAACACAGUAGCUGUUUGUAAGAGAGAGAGGCAACAGCUUCCUGCUAAUGACGAAAGAUUUGACAAGUGCAACCAGGUCCUGUGCUGCCAGCCGCUGUCAGGACGUUGCUUCUUUACGGUGGAUGUGAGCGGGACAGGUGUGCACAUGGGUGUGGCCUGUAAGGGAAUUAAGAGGAAAGGUGCAAAUGACACCGUACGUCUGGGACGCAAUAAGAUGUUGUGGUGUUUAUGUUGCUCAAAAAAUGUAUGUGUGGCUCAUGACAAAAAAACGGAAUCACUAACUAAACCACUUCAAACAGAGUCCACCAGAAAACUCGGUGUGUUCCUGGACCGGGAGGCUGGUUCUGUUUUCUUCUAUAGGUUGAACCUAAACUCAGAGCCUGAACUCUUGCACAUGUUUGAUGCAGAGUUUCCUCAGGACCAGGAACUUUACGCUGCGUUCAGUAUUCAGGAACCAGACAGCUCAGUCCAUUUAAGGCAAGCAUCACUAUAACUAUACCUUUACAGUUACGGUUUGUGCUCCAGACAUGAAUGAUGCCUCAAAUUAGGAGAGUGUGAUUAGACACACAGUAUACACCUGGCAGACCUACUGAAAGCAACCAGCUAGGAAAACCACCUAGAAGAUCAGCAAGUGUUGAAACAUGACUUCAUCAUCAUUAUUGUGCGCUUUAUAAACACUAAACAACAGUACUAUGGCAUUCUUGUGUUACAUUUUAGUUAAAAUGUCUUUAGUUUUGUAUAUCUCCAUGUAACUGGUUUCAUUUAAUCAAAAAUAAAGUUUUAUUAAUUGGAUCUGAUGCAGUUUCCAUGUACUGGACUGAGUUUUUAAAUCUGCCAUCCCAAACCUACAGUAUAUGGCUUACUUUCUUCUGGGGAGCAAAGAAGAUAAGAUACUUUUUUUUCCA